AUGGAGAUGGAACUGGUAGAGAGCUGUUGUAUCAUCCGGGCUCUUUGGCAACUGAAGGACAGGUCGGUUCACCGUGAGCAUUUCGUCCUGUACAAGCGGCGAGCUGAAGAUAAAAUUUCCAGUCAUUUGGAGGUACCCCAUCCUCCUAUCUCUUCUCUGCGUUGGUGUCUAAAUAUGUCUUCUGUUCUCGUGGUUCAAGGAGAGACGGGGUCCCUGCGUCCUCAGGGCACCUCUGGCCUCUUUCUCCAAGUUGCUGCUCUGAGCUGCUUCCUGCAGAGGAGAAGGAAGAUUAGGAUAUCAACGCCCAAUCCCCUUUCCCUCUGA